AUGCAACAUUCAUACGCACCCCCUACUCCAGGUAUUCUGAUUGGCUUGACGCGUGUCACCGACUACGCCCAUCAUCCGUGGGAUGUUGUGACAGGCUGGUUUGUCGGAUUUCUGUUUGCCUUCCUGUGCUUCCCUCGUGCUGCUAUGUUACAACCGUAUUUAGUCGCUGGGCUGAAACGACCGAGUGGGAAGACUCAAACUGUAGCGACAUCAAACCCAGUACCCGGUACAGCAACAGCAGAGGGUCCUACAGUGUUUGUGUAGCGUGUGCGUUGCCCUAUUAAUAUUUCAUUAACGUACGAUUGUAAUGAUAUUAGUAUGGUAGAUCUGGAGAUGUGAAACUUAUCAGGUCAAUAAUCCCAGUGAUCCAUUGAGAGUUGGAAUACGGGUCACCACAUCAAAGUACAAAGCUUCGGAUAUUGGAAACAAAGAUAGAACGUAUCGCAUCAACCGCAAGACUUCUAGAUGCGAAUAUAUUCUCAUCCUUUCAUUCUUAGUUUGUGAACCCUGGUUACCAUGCUACUCCGGCUGGCAUUGAUACAGUUUGGUCGAGUUGCUACUUCGAAUAAGGAUAUGAUGUGCAUUACUUGUUUUAUUUAACGUUUUUCACGGCAUCACUUGGGGUUUUCACGUUUUUCACGCUUGCUGGAUCUCCCAUCUGAGUCUAUCUACUCGCCCUGCUUGUACAACUCUGGUACGGCUGUCACAGUACUAUCUACAGCUUCAACAGGUGGUCCAUCAUAACGUUUUGGUCGGGACUUUUUUACGAUGUAUAUGAGCGAUGUUAUGCCAUACCAAUAUGUAGGGGUUGAGCCUGUUGCUUUAAGUUUAUAUUGAUAGGAGAGCCAAUUCUCUCACAAGACGUUCUUUGCACAUCCAUGUAAAUGGGUUAUGGCGAAGUACUAGGCCAGCACAUACUGUGUGUGUUAUUUUGCAAUUGGGUGGAGGCCAAUUCAUGCGAUGAUUCCAUCGUAUAUAUCGACAAUCUUCAUUGGCCAUAUAUACUCUGAAUAUCAAUCUUCUGUUCUGGAGUGUCGAUCAGAAAAAGUUAAAGAACUAUCAUUAUAACUAUAAAUUUAUAUGGUGUCGCCAUAUCAUGAACCGAUACAAAGAGGACGUCCAUUGCAAGGUCAAAGAAAUAUAACGGAUUUCACACAAGUGAUCGAUACAGAUGCUAUACUAUGCUGCCGACCUUGGCGAGCUCUAUCUCAUGUCAACGUGUAGGGGUGCAGGCGCUAAAAAGGCUUCUAAGGCCAUUUGGGACUUCGAAGCUUCAGUUGAAAGGUGAUGGCUGAUAAAUGUAGUCAUGAAUGAUGAUACCAGAAAC